AUGGGUUGUGAUGGCGGAACGAUUCCCAAACGGGGCGAAUUAGUGCAGAAGAAAAAGAAGGAAGAAAAAAUCGAGAAAAAAGACAGCUUGAAUACAAAAUGGCGUCACUGUGCUAUGUCUCAAGAGCCACUACAGAAGCCAAUUGUUGCUUGUGAAUUAGGCAGACUUUUCAACAAGGAAUCCAUCAUCAAAUAUUUGAUUGACAAGUCAUCUGGCCCAUCUUCAUCUAGAGGCUCCACUUUUAGUUACAUCAGGAAUCUUAAGGAUUUAAAAGAAUUAAAACUCAUGAAAAAUCCAGCUCACAAAGAUGAGGUAGAUAAAAUCGGCCAGGGUUCAAAGGUUGCUGAAUAUUUUUGCCCUAUCUCUGGUCUCGAGAUGUCUGGAAACUAUAAGUUUCAGUACUUGUGGUCGUGUGGAUGUGUCUUCUCUGAGAGAGCCCUGAAAGAAAUCAGAGACGGCAUAUGCCUCCAGUGCAAUGCAGCUUACACAGUUGAUGACGUCAUUACUCUGAAUGGGUCAAUUGAAGAGACGGAGGAACUGGAGAAAAGAAUGAAUGAAAGAAGGAUGAAGAAUAAAAGAAAGAAA